AUGAAGCCCUCCUUGGCCCCCGCUGCUGUUUUAUUUUCUUCCCUUGUUGCGGGCCUGCCCAGUCCCCAUCCGUCUUCGGUUGAUUCUCCUCCCAAAGACAUCGCAGCUGUUGCUGGCUCAACAGAUCCAGACCAUAUUACUAUUCAUUUCCGUGCUCCUUGCCCGGGCUGCUUUACUGGCAGUGAUGAUGUGCUGGAACUUACACUUGAAAUCGAUGCCGCCGACAAGGAAUGCAGCGGCAGCGCCCCGCGUCUCAAUGGAGUUCCUCUCGAUCCUGCCAACGGGAAUGAUGUCGCCGUUGGACAGAUUUCCUUCAAAUCGAAACUGUCGGAUGGGUUGACAGACAAGAUUGUAAAUGCUUCCUGGCAGUCGACAUGUCUCAAGGGUGAGGCUUCUAUGAUCACCGUCCGGUUUGCCGACGCCGCCAGCCACAAGAAUGUCAAGGACGUUUCUGGUUUCACCACUUCCUUCAAGCAAACGGGCCAGCCCACCGUUUUGCGCCUUCAGGACAAGCCCGUCGAUCAGAUUAUCUCUCCAAGUGAUUGUGGUGAUUGGCUCCGUCCCAAGGAUGAGGGCUUGUCCAUUAUUCCCAUCAUAACUGAACCGGUCAGUUCUAUCGACGGACAACUAGAACUCGAAUACGUCAAGCUGGUGCACCUGAAGGAGGAAAUGGACCAGCUGCAUGAUCAGAUGCGGGAGAACUGUGAUCGGGUAGCGUCUCUCAUCAAGCAAGAGUUCAGGGCAUGCUCGAAUCUCAAAUGUCUCUGGCAGACCGCCUUGGGCAAAGCUCCGACAAUCAAGAAACUCAUCGCCCUGCGUUUCUCACAUCAUAAAGGUCGGGUUGCUGGAUGUACGAAUGGCGAAGGUCAGAAGGCUUGUUCCGCAGCAGACCAGGAUGAUAGACCAGCCGAGGCCGAUCUUCCAGAGUCAGGUAAACCAUCUGAAGAAGCUGAUGAGGUACAUGGUGAAGUCGGGCCGCUUCCACGUCCACCGGAACAAGAACGCCCAGCAAAUGAUGGUAUCGACGAACCCCCACCACAAGACGGUCCAGAAGAGCAUCAUCACCCUCCAUUCGAAGGCGAGCAUCCUGGUCCUCCGUUUGAAGGAGCACCUCCACAUCCGCCUUUCGACGGAGAGCACGGCCGCCCACCAUUUGAAGGAGAUCAUCCUCAUCCCCCUUUCGGUCCUCCGUUCCGGGGAAAUCAUCCUCCCUUCGGACCGCCUCACGGACCACCUAAAGGUAUGCCGCACCGCCCUCCCGGACACCAUGGUCCACCACCUCCGUUCGGUCCCCAUGGACGACCUUCUGGUCCCCCUAGGUUUGGACCGUUUGGACACGGAGGACGGAGACACAAUUCCGAGAUUCGGCUAGCACUGGCAGUGAUCACGCUCAUCCUUCUUGUUGUACUCUCUGGGCUUGCAUUUCGCCUGCUCCACAAAAGCGCAUGGUACCGUGAUCCUCGCCGCCAAGCUGACCGAGCUGCCCGAAAAGAAGAGCGUCGAACUCGGAAACUCUACCGCAAAGCUGCAUAUAAACAUAAAUGGGCGACAUGGUGGAAACGUUACCAACGCCAUCGCUCCAACGACGAUUACGAGGAGAAGCGAGAGAUGAUCCUCGAACAAGAAGGGGGGCUGGAAGAUGUAAUGCGAGACGAGAUCCGCACUUUGCGAAAUGCGUCUGAUCUUGUUAGAGAUCUUGUGCGGGUGGAAGAAGGCAGGGCCCGACGCAAUGCGUACAAUCCUCAUCAAACCCCAUAUCCGAUCUCACCUGCCGAGCUGGAUGCCGGUGUCGGAUGCAGUAACUAUACGCAUCUACCUCCAUCAUACAUGGUACCGCCACCACGGUAUGAACAGGAACUCGAGGGUGACUUGACUGUCGUCGACGGCUUCCGGUAUACUCCAAGCAACACGGAGGAAACCCCAGAGAGCAGCAUCAUUGAUUGCAAUUCGCGCCUGAGUCUUGACACUGGCAGAUCCACUGUUUUCACCAAAGACGGUCGGGUUUGA